GACAUUCGCUUUUUCGAGAGCUCUUUGCCAACGAAUUGCCAUCAAUUUUCCAUAAAACUAACGCCAUGGAACGGCUAUUGUCCUGUUGAUUAUAGUAGAUGCCUUCUCUAUCUUACAUGCUUUACGAGCAAUGUCGUGACGGGCACCCAGCAACGUCAACAAUGAUCUCACUUUUAUGGGCUAAACAUGCAGUUAAAAGGAUUUAUUAUCUGAAAUAAAGAAGCAUUUUUGUUAAGGAAGUUGUAUAUUUUAGUCAGUUUUCAACGUCUAGACAUCAUCCGACUUAUACGCCUGGUGAAAAUCCCAACCGGAAUGCUUAAUAUCUUUUAAUACAUUCCUUGGUUACCAUAUACCGGAUACUGAGAAAAGCAUUUUUGGAAUGCUAUCAGACCUGUGUAGAGGCACAGGAGUCGUUCGACAUGGAAGGAUUGAAGUCGUACCAGAUCAAAGGAGUGAGGGGAAUACACCUACAUGUAAGAAAAUGACUGGCCCAAAAGCCUGGCCACAAAGGAAUAGACCUAAAAAAGUUCAGCCAAAGACUUGUAAAGGUGUAUUUACGUUCAAACAAAGGUGGAACCUAGCAUAUGGAAAUUGUGAAACUUUGCAAAUCCGUCCACUUGGUAUACCACGCGUUACCUCCGCUACCGUAUCGGUCAAGAAAUCGAAGGCCGUCAACGAUGCCAAAUUCUCCGCGAUGUGGAGUCAUUACAUGUCAACAUCUUCCGAAUCGUCAUCAACUCCGACAUCGGGAGAAUCGCAAUCGUCAUCUUCAUCAUAUGUGAGCUUGGCAGAUGUAGAACCAUGGGAGGAUGAAAACGAAGAAUGGGAUUACCACAAUAUCCAAGGACGCAGGUUUUACUUACCACCCCUACAACAGCAUGCAUGGGCCAAAGAGGAGCAGGUUUCACCACGGGAGGUCAGGGUUCACAAAACCUACACCACUAGAAAGGGGGCACUGCUUCUCUAUGCUGAGGACCUUGCUCUGACUUCAGAGGAGGGGGCAAAUGUAAAGAAAAGAUCGAUGGAGGCAGAAGAUACCAGUUAUUUCAACUCAAUUAGUGAUCUACGCAAUGCUGUCUUGUCAUAUGGUAGUAGCAUGAAACAGCAAUCUUUCCAGCCAGCAGCAUCACAGAUGAACCCUAGUCAGGAACCAUUCCUUGGCUUCGUCCACAAUAAGCGUUCCCAUGGGCCUUACAAGACAGUCCGUCCAGGAUUCUCAGCCAAGCGAUACCUGGCCAACUGGUCAAGGAGCUGGGAUGAUUCUAUUCUUAACUACCUCCGAAGUGAAGGUCAUAUAUGGGACAAGAAUCUCUUCCAGCAAAAUGUUCUUGCUCCCAACUUGUACAGACGAAUCAACGAUGAUCUCUCUCAUGUUCCCUUGCCAUACAGAGUCACUCGUAAUAUGCUUAUGUCACCUGGUGAAUUUGAAAGCUUAGAAUUUUAUAGGAUACGGCCUGACAGCGCAGAUGCCGGGGGCUACGAUGAUGAUGAUGGCUAUGACGCUGAUGUAGAUGUCACUGAGAAUGGAAGUAAGGCCAAGAAGAAGAAACCUUUCAACUUGCCAGGUUCAAUCGCUAUGAUUGUACGUGACAUGCAGCAGAAACCACAUGCUGUACAGUAUGAACAACUGGAUGAAGGCCAACAGAGACAGGUUCUUCAGAGACUGCUAUUGCAGAGUGCCCUCCAUCAGCAGCAACAUCUCAGAAUGAUACGAGAAGAGAAUGAAAAGAAGAAAACAGAGACGGAAGAUGGAGAGAAAGAUUCUGCUGAUUCUAGUGGCAAACGUCCAAUGCCACUUCUUUCGGGCCAGCCUAAACAGAGGAGAACAGACACGGACAUGACACUCUAUGGUAGUCCAUCCUUCCAAGUUCCUGAUGCACAAGAUGUUGAUAUGGAACAAGCCAUUGCAAAUCUUAUAACAAGCAACUCAACCAACAUCAUUGGUGGCUCAACUGCAUUCACAGAUCAGACCAUCUUAGACAUGUAUAGGUCAAUGAGAAGCAAGACAAUGAAACCACCAGCACCCCCACCUUCAACUUCACCUUCUCAAUGGCGUCAGGGUUCUAAGCGAAGAGCUAAGAACAGCAUGUACCACACCUACCCUUCAAAUUUUGCUGGAAUCCAGCCCCUCCCACCCAUCCAGAACUCAUUUGAAGGGAAUGUAGGCGGUGGUGGAGAUUUCAUGAGGCCAGUUCCUCCACCAAAGCAGGGCACUGGACCCCCUGUCAUCACAAUGGAACCACCCACACCACAACACCCAAAGCUCAGUGCAAAGAGUAAACUGUCGGUGGGAUGGUCAAGUCAUAGUAAAACACGUUCAAAAAGCAGUACUCAUUCUUCAUCUGAGACAAACAUUUGGAAAGCUGACAUCAAUGAAAACGACCUUCUCCAAGAAGCUGAGAGAGAAGAGAUUGAAAACGAUAGGGCAUCAUCUGACCAAGAAUUAUGGACAAAGAGUCCACGGUCUUCAAACCAGGGGUCCUCAAAGAAAGCUUCUUCUAAAAACAGUGCAGUUAGCAAAGCAAGUAAAGGAUCUGGAGAAAGCAAUGUAGCUCUUUCUAUCAACAGUCACCUGAGCCACAGCAUGGAGAACCUAGCCAGUCCUGUUGAGAAAGCACUCAACUUCCGUGCUGCGGGUUCUGUACCUACACGUCUACGGGAAAGCAUGCGUUCUUACAAGGGUAGCGGGAAGAGCAGCCAUGGUAGCGUCCUGUUUGGUGAUUCUGGAGGUGACUUACUAAUCACUGGAUCAAAGCAGGGAAGCACCUAUGCCCCCUCCAUCGGCUCCCUAGCUGAUAAGGCAGUUGCAAGUCCAGUUGAGUCCACCCAGGAACCCCCUUCAAUAGCCUCGGUGUCUAUUGAACCUUCUGAAUCCUUGGAGGUUCCUGGAGAACCCACACCUGAUCCUCAGCCAGAUCCUCAGCAAACAAAUGAAACAGAUAUCAAUCAAGAAACGUCAGACGUUGGCUCAACCGACAAUGUAGCUGGGUCUCCCGAUGAAGACGAAGCACAUUCUAAUAUAACUGAUGAAUUUCUAUCUGAGGGCGAUGGAGACGAGACAAAGACUGUUGAUAGGUCAGUCAAACUGGGUCAAGGGGUCAUUGACCUACCUAUGUCUGAACCUGUUGAGUCCAGCCGUGAUAAGAUGUCUGAUACUAGACGGAGCGUGACCUAUUCCAAGAAGUCCUCCUCUACACAAGGUUCCAUCAAAGCAGACUCUGUGCAUUCUGGGAAAGGGGCUCUCGAUGUUACACAGUCCUUCCAAAAUUUCAGCUAUACCUGGAAGGGAAAGGGAAGCCGGAGGGCCAGCAAAACAUCAAGAGAUGAUGAUACUAUUGGUGAAUUAUCUGAUGAUGAAAAGGAAGAUAAUUGGCCCGGUCAAGCUGACCAGUCCAAGCCGGACAGUGUAAAGGGUGAAGGAGAUGAUCAGGAGGCAGAUAUAUCAUCCAAGAGAGGAGGCUCCGUGGCUGGGUCAGAGAGUGAAGUAGAAAUAGAAGUAGACUUAGCUGAUGAUGGAAACAAAGAUAAUGAAGGAGAAGCAGGGGAGGAUGGCGACAUCAAAUCAGGAAGCGGGAUGUCCUCUCUUCUGGAAGCUCCUGUGUCUGUUGCAGGGAGCGUCAGGUCACGACCCAGGACGGUUGAAGCUCAAUUAGAACAACUGGUAGAAGCAGCAUCGGUGGUGGUGGAUGAGAUUAUGCAGAGACCAAAGUCUGGACGGGAUCUGGCUGAAGAUGCUCUGAUGGCAGCAGAAAUCUGGUCAGGCAAACUUGGCGAGUUUUUCACAGAAGAGGAUGCUGACCCAGAGCGUGUCCGGUCAGCCCCAUACAGGCGUCGCCGGAAUUCCUUAGACAAUGAAUCCGUCACCUCAUCCAUGCUGGAGGAAAGGGUCGAGCCGUAUGAGAGAACCACGCCAAUGUCAACCAGACGUACCAGGAAAAUCAGACGAAUACACUCGGCGGAGGCUGCAGUCACUCUUCUACGUCAUCUUCUGAAAGCUUCAGAUCCUGACAAGCUAGAUACCCUGUCUGAUGCUGAUUUAGAAAGUCUUAUAUCCCGUGUAGCAGAAGAAAACAUCAAUGUGAGGAUUGGUGAAGAGGUUUCAGAAAUGAUUGAAAAUCAAGAUAACCUCAAUCAUCAAGACAUUGUUGUAGUAGAGGACAUCAGCGAAAGGAAGAUCAUUAUUGAGUCUAUUGCAUCUACCACCGACUACGGUGGCGACACAGAGGAAGAUGAAGAAGAUGAAAUAAAGACGAUUUCAGAAAAGGAGUUUACAGUGAGGAGUCGGGCGUCAGUGAUGGAGGAAGAGGCAGCCAAGGAGACCAUUGAUGAUGGUGUCAAGUCAGCACUGGCGGUACUUACUCCAAAGCCACCGGCAUCAGCAGCUUCAAAGGCAUCAUCUAGGGUACCGUCUGGGGCACCAUCUGGGACACCAUCAAAGGUGUCAUCUAAAGCACCAUCAGUAGUUGUAGAUUCUCCAAAAGGUGAGGUAACCGAAGUGAAGGCAGUGCCGCCUGCACCGUCCGGUGCACCGCCCAAGGCACCUUCUCCUCAGCCACAACCGCAGGUGGAAUUAAGUAUAGGGGCAGAACCAGUCAAGGUGCCGGUUGUGAAAGAGAAAGAGAAUAAAAGGAGAAAGAGUUCUAAAUCUGCUGAAAGUAAGAAAAGAGAUGCUGCUGGAGAUGGUGCACAAGACAAUGGUCCCUUGGGUUUUGGUGUCACCAAUCUCGGCGUGGCAGAGAAGAAAGAUGCGGAGAAGUCUACUCUGGUUGUAAGAGCUCCUCCUGAACCAGAGAAACCAGCAGAUGACUUUGAUGCCAAGCUGAAUGACGAACUUGCCAAAAUAGUCCAGGAGACAGGACUCCUGGAUCAGAGUAGUUCCAAGUCCAAGAAGGGGAGCAUGAGUACCAAGACCAGUACCAAGAGCUCCAAGAGUUCUAAGAGCAAGAAGUCUAAGGAUGCAGAAGAGGAUGACAAGGAUGCCUUUAUUGUUGGUGUGCCAAAGGAGAGUAAAACUGACAUUCUUCUGUACAAGCCUAUGACACCGGAACCUCCAAAGGAACAACCAAAACCUCCACCAAAGGAGAAGAAAAAGAUUCAGAAAAAGACCAAGAAACCAGCUGCUAAGCAAGAGAAGCCCAAGAAAACAAAAAAAACUGCCAAAGACGAAACAAAGAGUCCUAAUACUGACAAAACUGAAGACAAGGAGGCCAAACUGAAAGCAGAGAAGGAGAGGCAAGAAGAAGAAGAGAGAAAGAAGAAGGAAGAAGAGGAAAAAGCCGCAAAGGAGGCAGCGGAGAAGAAUGAAGAUGAAGCUGAAGAAGAGGAGGAGGAUGAGGGGAGGGCAUCUCCAGAAUCUCCAGAGUUUAUCUUUGUCCAGGAUGAAUUCUCUGAUUCAGAAGAAGAGGAAAGGCCUGUGUCACUUCCUCCUGAACUUCCUGUUGAUGAAAUAAAGUUGGAGCCCUCAGUGUCUGCUGCCCCCAGCGAAGAUUACUCUGAGAUGACAGAUUUUACAGAGGACUCGACCAGUCAAGGACCAAACAGCAUCUCUCGUUCCCAAGCCAAGGCUUUCAAACGAGCAGCUGAGGCUGAGAAAAGGAAAGCAGCUGUUGAGAAGAAGAGACGAGAGAGGGAAGAGGCUAAGAAGAGAGCCCAAGAUGAAGCAGAGAGAGCAGAACGAAUCAAGCUGGAAUAUGAAGAGGAGAAGAGAAGGAAAGAGGCAGAAGCACUGGAGAGAGCAGCCAAUGCAGCAGAAGAAAGAGAGAGGCUGGCUCGCCAGGAAGAAGAACGGAAACGACAAGCUGCCAUAGCAGCAGAGAGAGAGCGUCGUCAACAAGCAGAGUAUAAACGCAAGAUGGAGGAAAUGGCUCGAAAGAAACGUGAAGAGGACAUGAAAAGAAAAGCUGAAGAAGAACAGCGAAGGAAAGAAGAGGAAGAGCGAAAGCGGAUCGAGGCUGAGAUGCUAGCAGCGAUGGAGGAAGCAGAGCGUCUUGAGUUUGAGAAGCGCCGAAAGGCUGAAGAACUUGAGGCGGCCAGGAUCGCAGAGGAAGAGCGCAUCAAACGUGAGAUCGAGGAAAAGAUCGCAGAGGAGAAGGCACGGCUGCUGGCCAUAGAGCUUGCUAAGAGACAGAAGGAGGUUGAAGCCAGGCUGGCAUUUAACAAGGAGCUGCACUCAGAAGCUAAUGUCUUUGCUCAUUCUCAGGAUAUGACCAGGGCAUUCACCUGGUCUUACUUUGAGCUUCUGGAACACCUUGGGAUAGAGAUCCCAGAUUCACUCAAAGAGCAUUACAAGGAGAUAGCAGAGAGUAAAGAUGAUGGGUAAAGGGCUAUGCAAAGCUUCAACAAAGCAUUGACAUUUUUAUUUCUGCAGGGUUCCUUUUACUUUUUUAAAGUAAGAAUGAUCAGAGGAGCAUAAAAACAUAAUAUUGCUAAAUGGAGAGUGGUCAGUGGAUGUGUCACAACCAAGUUACAGAAUUUGCUAAUUUGAGAGUUACUCAUCCCUACCGAUCUUAUAUAUUACCCAUGAUUCAUUUUAAUGAUGGGUUUUCACCACUAGCUGCCUCAUGUAAUGUUCUGCUUUCAUACAAUGUGGGGUUUAAGUUCUGAUUGCUCAUUUCAGCUUAGGAUUUUUAUUAGACUUCCAACAUUUUAGCAAUUUUGUUUUCAGAAAGAUAACAGUUUCUACAAAAUGUUGAAUUUAGUGGCUUGAAUUCAACAAGAAUAUGGGGUACAUUACAUGGCUCUAGUACAGGUGGAGAUUUUCAAUUCUGCCUUCAGUGGAGAAACGAUUUAGUCUUUCUCUCAGUGAGGGAUAGAGAUGUGCCUCUAUUUUUUUUACUUACAUUUAAUUAUAUAUACUUAUAACACCACCUUUUCCUUACAAGCGUAAAUGUAAGGUAUCAAAAUGUUGAUUUCAGUCUUUUAUUACAACCUAAGUACGGUUUCAAACAAACAAUCCUGACACCAUACAUGUAUGCAUAACUUAGAGCCAGUGGCUAGUAUUCAUGUCACCACAGCCACCCAUUAUAGCAGAUAUACAGACUACUUGAAAUUGUUUACAAUUGGUUGUCAUGGUGAUGAUUGACUGUGAUAUCACACCCCUUUACUUCAUGGCAUGGUUAAUGCCAAAAUUUCCACUCAAACAGACAUUCCAAGUAACUACCAUUAUUGCCUUGUAAAAGUGACACAAAAUAUUUUACUUUUUUUAUUCAGGUUUCUCUUUCAACGAUUCAUUUUCACUGACGUUUUAAGCUAUUGAUCACCGCUAAAAGUAUAGCCAUUUUUUUGUUGAACAAAUAUUUUGCUACGAGAGUAUCCAUGUCAAUGCUUGGAAAAUAGGGGCAUUUAAUUUCAACAAACAAAAGCGUCUUUGUUGAUUUUAUAUUUUGCUGAAAUAAUGGAAUUUAUUAUUUGCUUUGCCACAAUUAUUGUUUAUGCCAUUGUAAGUAACUCUUAGCAUGUAGGGUUAUAUUUUCCACACAUGUAUUGCUUUCUCUGAUCAACAGUGGGUUGAUAAUUCAAAUGAGAAUUUUUUAAUGAUUUUUUUAUACAGAUUCAAAAAUUUUGAGUAUAUCCUCAUUUUUAUUUGAUGGUGUUUUAGGUAAGGUUGGGGGACAAAAACGAAACAUUUCACGAGGUAUAUUUAGUUUAUUCAUAUUCAAGUGUGAUGUGUAUUUGUAUCUAAAAAAAAUGGGGGAUUUUGCUUUCAUGUAGAUUUAUUUCAAUGACUAGAUAAUAUGUCAAAGAUGCUGUCCAAAUAUCAGUUCUCUAGCUCAAGAAAUAAAGCAACCAUGUCAAAGGUUAACAUUAAUCCUUUUGUUACAGUUGUGAAGGAAGCCACGUUUACUUUCCUAAACAUUUAAUUUCUCAGAUUCUAGGUUCGUUGCUCCAGCAGUAUGGUAUAAACUAUAGAUGGUAUAAACUAUAGUAUGGUAUAAACUAAAGUAUGGUAUAAACUAUAAAUGAAUUAUCUUGUCUUGUUGUAAUGAUAGUAUUGUAUUUAUUAUUUUCACAUGUUUUCAGCUCUGACGAUAUCCAUGAAAUCCUUGAUUUUGAUUGGUUGAGAAGUUUACUCAGAGAGAAUGAAAACUCAAGCUUCAUCAAAUGGUAUCCAAUACUUAAUCACAUUCCAAAUAGGUAAAGAGACCUGUUGAUGAACAAUGAAUUUUUGAGACAUUCCUCUUGAACGUUCAAAUUAUAAUCUGUACAUAUUCUGAUCAUAUACAAGGGCUGUAUGAUAUUUCAUAAUAGGGCAUUCAGAUAUCACCAGCUACAAUAUAAAAAUAUUACUUUAAUUUUACCUAUUCAAAGAAGAUGGAGGAAAUUUUGUCUGAAAACUAUUGAAGCCUCUUCUUUACAUAUCAUAAACCUAUUUUUGUAUUCAUUGAAAUAUCAUGGUAUAUCAUGCAGCCCUGUAAAGUGAACACAAUAUCAAUAUUUUUUAUGUUGAUUAUAUAAUUGAAUGUAAAUAUAUAUCAUAUUCAUAUCUUAUUGAAUGUAGGAAGAUCCUUUAUAUGAAGUAUUUGUCUUUGUAUUGGGUUGGGCUAUUUCUAUGCAGUUAAGUAUUUAGAAUCUAUGCAGCAAAAUAUAUACAAUGUACAUUGCGACUUCAAAACUCUUUAACUGUUGAUAAUAGAUUCUGAGGAACUAUAUAUAUUUUUCAAUACGAAAAUAGGAAGUCAUACUAAUAUAUCCUAGAGCUUUCAUAAUAUAAAAUGCCUUAAAUUUAUAUUAUUUUCAGUCUGUUUUUGCUUUGUAGGAUGGUAGAGUACAUGUAGUUCUACUUCUCAAACAUAGCAGCAAGACUGGACCUUGUAUGUCAACAAUGUUGCUAAAUUAUUUGUGGUGUUGAUGACUGAAAAAUUUAAGUGAUGUCCAAUCUAAAUCCGAAUGUUCAAUCUAAAAAAAAAAUUAAGCGGAUACCAUCAUGAUCAUCUUGGAGAUAAGAUAGUGUUUUGGCAUCCUUGUUUUUUUUUCACUCUUCUGAACAUGAAUGCUUUGUGAGAGACAAGGAUAUGUCGCCCUGGGAAUAUUGUAUAAUUCUAGACUAAUAAUGUAAACUCAAUGUGAAUAGUGCAAAUUGUAGUUAGAAUGACUGUGCAAUAUGAAUUACUGUUUAAUAGGGAUUCAAAAUUAGAAUCUGAUCUUUAAAUUUAAUCUCGACAUAAUAUGAUUCGUAAGUAAGCGUAAGUGCUCUAUAGGCAAGUUUAUUUAUCAUUUAUCAUAAAAUAUGUUUGGAGAAUAGAUAACAUGUAUUUGUGAUGACUAUAUAUGUAUUCCACUCAUGCCUUGAUUGAAGUGUGUCAUAUUCACAGGUUACUAGUAUUCAGAUGAUUAUAUUCUAUUUUUUUAAGGAUUGGUGUUUAUUUUGGUGAUGUUAGGCCAUCUAUAAUGCACAAAAGUCAAUUGAGUGUUCUUUGGCUUUCAAAGCAAUUCUUAUAAAAUAAAAUAUCAUAGGAAGUAUUAUAUUCAUGCAGUGUCCCUAGAAGUUUUUCAAGUUUUUGAAAAAAAAUGAAAUAAAAGUAACGGAUCAGAUUUUUAUUCCAAUUCCUAUCAUAUUUGAGGUUAUGUAAAUAGAUGUUUUAUUCUUAUUUCAAAUAUUGUGUACUUUUUUGUUUUUAUUACAACUUAAUACAACUUUUUUCCCCAAUGUUUUUUAAGCAAUUGUACAGUGCAGAUACAUUGUUGUCUACAUCACCAGAAUGACACCAAUCCUAAGUCUGUGCUUUCUUUAGAAGUUCUAUCCGUCCUUUUGAAAUGAUGAAAGUGUGUAUAGAAAUAAAUCAAAUAUUAUCCUA